AUGUGGCAACGUUUUCAUUCGAAGGGACAGAUUAGUAAUAAUAUCUGUUACAGUCGCCCACACAAAUUUUAUAUACUGAGCUGUGGUCUUCGAAUUCGAUUCUUCUCUUCAAUCAAGAAACGGAAGUUAGGGUUUUGUUCAUUUAAUUCAUCUCAGUUUGCUACUUCUUUGGAUUGGUUUGAGUUGACAGUUCUUCAUUUACUCGAUACAGGCUCAUAG